UUUAUCAUUCUUUUCAAAGAAGAUGGACAGUGUGGCAGAGAGAGAAGAGGAAAUGGUUAUAUGUUGUAUCACUUCUGAUGAUGCACACUGACCAAGCUAGGAUAUGUGCAUGCACUUUCUUGCUGAAACCUGGACUCUGCUGAUCUGAAAGACGGAAGGCCCACGUUUUCAUCUAUUCAAGGGAGAACCGCUUUGGAUCGAGCCAAUAUUUUGGGUUUGCUUUCAUUUCAGUGCUUGUUUAAUCGUCUGUCCUUCGAUACUGCGGAGCCUGAAGUUGGUUUUAAACAUCCUCCCCCUGCUGCCCCUUGAAAUAUCAUCUUCAAUACAAAUCCAAAGGAUGUGGAUGUUCUGCUCAGCGAUGGAAAGGAACUGCUUUCUUUACCAAGGAACUCUAAAGCCACUGUGAAACAGAAAGUGUCUUAAAGUUUGCUGUAAUGAUGAAAACAUCAGCCGGAGAUGAGGGAGCCAGGGAUGACUCAGGCCCCAGCAGUGAUACCAGCGAAGAGGAGAAAGAGACACAUCUCUGUAAGGCCACUUCCAUACGAAACUGCCUCUCACUGCCAGGAGUAAGCAUCCUUGAUAAACUUAUCAAGACCUGCCCUGUCUGGCUUCAGCUGAACAUGAACCAGGAAAGAGCUGCAGCGAUUCUUGGCAAAGAAGCAGCAGGGAUGUUCUUGGUUAGGAAAGAGGGUAAUGCGAACAACAUGGUCCUUGCAGUCUGCAUGCCUGUCCAAAGUGAUGCUCCUGGUGUGCUGGAGUACAACAUUAAAGAAGAAAAGUCAAUCCUGUAUCUGGAAGGUUCUGUCCUCGUGUUCGAGGAUGUCUUCAAGCUGGUUGCCUUCUACUGUGUCAGUAGGGAUUUGCUACCCUUCACCCUGAAGCUACCACAAGCAAUAUUAGAAGCCCGUAGCUUUCAAGAUCUUGAAAUUAUCUCUAGUCUGGGGAUAGACUUUUGGGAUUCCUCUUUAAACCGCAGAAUAAGCACAGAGGCGUUAUCCCACCCUGCAACAGACUCUGCCCUCAGCAUGGCCCAGGAGGACGGUUUGACAUCUACCCAGUCUGUUGCAAGUAGUGCAAACCACUGCUCAUGUGAAAUUGAGCUGUCAAUAGGAAAUGACAGGCUGUGGUUUGUGAAUCCUAUUUUUAUAGAAGAGUGCAGUAAUCCUUUUCCUCCAGACUCACCUCCUCCCAAGGUCCAUGCCAUGAGCCCCAGCCUGCCCCCCGCCACCACCACGUCACCCCGCCGCCCCCCACCGCCCCCUCCACACUCUCAUGGGCAGAAGUCUUCCCUGAAGCUCCCACGGGAACCCAUGACAGCCUGUGAAGAAACGCAGCUUCUUCAGCCACUGGGCAAGAGCAUCAAGGAAAUGAAAAUUGAGGGCGGUGACAGUGAGGAUGGGAAGCAGAGCCACUCUGACAAGGAGCCAUCAGCCGGCAGCCUCAAGAAGGGCCCCCAACCUGCUGUGCCCCCACGGAGGCGACUGUCCGAGAGGGCUGCGGAGGAGAGCUGCACGGGUAAGCCUGCAAGUUGUGAAACACCAAAAGGGGAACAGACUGAAGAAAAACAAGAGCUGGAUACACAGAGCGGAGGUAAAAGGCUGCUGUGCAAGAAGGCUGCAGAAAUGCCUGGAGAGGUUCCUGAGCAGGUUGUGUCACAGUUUCAGGAAGCAAAGCCCGAACCUGCUGAGAAGGAGUCCAUGCCUGAGGUACAAAGUGAUGCUACUGAGAAAGGAAAGUUGCCUCCUAUCCCACCACCCAGAAGGAAAAGGCUUUCCCAGGCACCUCGUGUCCCCAGCUCCUGCCAGUCAAAUCACAGAACGGUGGUGGGGCAGCCUGCAGCCACAGCCCAGGCUCAGGGCACGGGCAGCUCAGCACCAGCAGCAGGCACUGCCACUGGCACCAACGCCGAGACCGAACAGGGAAUUGGCAGCAAGUCUGUGAACUCAGCUGAACUGAAGGGCUCGCACUUGUCCCUGGAAGGCCUAGGAGGCAGCGCUGCAGCCCAGACAUCAGCAUCUGAACCAGACUCCUACUCCACCAGCAGCACCGAGGAUGACCUGGAGAUGUUGGGUACUUCAUCUACUAAGAAGACACGCUCCAUGAUCUUGGGCAAGGCCAAGAACAGGCUGUCUUUUGUCAGCCUGUCCAACGUCUUCACAGUCUUUUUGUCUAAUGAUAGAAAGCUGCAGAAAAAAAUAGUGGAGCUGGCACAGGAUAAGGACUCUUAUUUUGGCAACCUGGUGCAAGACUACAGAGUGUACAGUCUGGAGAUGAUGGCAAAGCAGAGCUCUAGCACAGAAAUGUUACAAGAAAUCCGAAUGAUGAUGACACAGCUGAAGAGUUACUUAGUGCAGAGCACCGAGCUGAAAUCUCUGAUAGAUCCAGCUGUCUACACUGAUGAGCAAUUAGAUGUGAUUGCUGAGUCGGCUUUGUACAAAUGUGUCCUGAAACCUUUAAAAGAAGCCAUCAAUUCUCACUUAAAAGAAAUCCACAACAAAGAUGGAUCUUUACAGCACCUAAAAGAGAACCAGCUUGUGAUACAAAACACAACUACCACUGACCUAGGUGUCACAACCAGUGUGCCCGAAACUGUUGUGCUGGACAAGAUCCUUCACAAGUUCACAACCAUGCACAAGGCCUACUCCCCAGAAAAGAAGAUUAGCAUCUUGUUGAAGUCCUGCAAACUCAUCUAUGACUCCAUGUCUCAGGGAAACCCAGGGAAGCCUUACGGUGCAGAUGACUUCCUCCCUGUGCUCAUGUAUGUGUUGGCCCGCAGCAACCUGACUGAAGUCCUUCUGAAUGUAGAAUAUAUGAUGGAGCUCAUGGACCCUGCUCUGCAGCUAGGUGAAGGCUCCUAUUAUUUAACCACCACCUACGGGGCCCUGGAGCACAUCAAGAACUAUGACAAAAUCACUGUCACACGGCAGCUGAGUGUGGAGGUGCAGGACUCCAUUCACCGCUGGGAGCGGCGGAGGACACUGAACAAGGCCCGGGCUUCCCGUUCAUCAGUGCAGGACUUCAUCUCCAUUACCUUCCUGGAGAUUGGUGCUCAGUCAAGGACACUUGCCUCACGGAAUGAUACCACGUCUGAGCAGCUGUGCCAGCAGUGUGCCGAAAAGUUUGAAGUCUCCCAUCCCAACAUCUAUAGACUCUUUGUUUGUGUCGAUGGCCAGUGGCUGCAGCUGGACAAAGAGGCCCUCCCUCACCGUAUCAAAGCCUCACUGCUGAAGAGCGAAACCAAAAAAGAUUUCCAUUUUAUUUAUAAACCAAUAGAGCACAAAAACCCACCAGUCCCAAUUGUCAGAGAGACUGACUUUUCCUAAAGGCCGUGCUACUCUUUUGUUGAGUUUGCUGUCAUCCUGGAAGGGCUGGAUAGUUUAUUUUGUGAGAUCCUCUGGUAGCUGCGGAUCUUAGGUCAGUGGAGCCUGGCCUUCGCCAGAGGACAGAUGUGCUAUUUCUAGAUGCUGUCAGAAUAUAGGGCAUUUCUCAGUGAAGUUCAAAAAGGAGCAUUCAGGAGAACAUUAUCCUUUGGAAAACUUGAAGUAUCAAACCACAGAACCUCCCACUGGCAACGCCAACAUUGCAGAAUGUAAAUGGACAGAGGAGAAUGAUCUCGGAGAUCUUGUGGAAAAGUGGGCAUUUACUCCAUCAUAAAUGAUGGCAGGUGCAAAUCAGCUCAGUGCACGAGGCCUUUGAAGGGUCUGCACACACCCAGUACUGUUAGGAGGUAAGACUGCAUUUACAUCUAAUGUCUGUUAACUGGGUUUGAUUAAACAGAGUAAUGGCUGAUGUAUAUACAGUGGCACAGGACUGCCACCUAUAGCAGAACUCCAUCUCUGUCUUGCUGUCUACAGCACAAAAUGGCCUUUGAAAUCCAAAUAUUCACCAACCGUACAAGAGGAUUCCACACAUUGACAAAGAAAAUAUUUUCUGCCAUUUAUUUGUCACUAAAGUCAGGUGACAUAGGCAAUUUCAUCAGUGUAUUUUUCUUAGAGAUUGGAAGCGUUCACCAUCACUAUACAGCUGUUUAAAUGACAUUAGUUGUAUGAUAGUGUCUGUUUAAUUGUAUAUUUAUUUCUAUGUGUGAUAUGGUGCAAUGGCUUUAAAAUAAGAAUUUGUAAAGAACUUAAUAUUUUCCCAAUGUAGCAAAGUAGAUUAAAAUUUGAAGUCAAAGAGCAAGAAUAAAAUACUGGUCCCUUUUUACCCAGC